GUAAGAUCGUAGAGUUGAAUGUGAAUUUUUAGUCACGCGGGAGUUCACAUAGCUCUAAAACAUGAAUUAUUAGAGAUUUCGAUUUUUAAGAAAAUCAAAAUGGAACACUUCAUACAAGGAGAACCCAAAGAAAUUUCAAAGGUAGAGGGUGGGUGUGUGGACGCUGUAGUUUCCACAAAUGCCUUAUGUACAGUGAGAGAUGUGAAGUCUGUUCUUAAAGAAAUAAAACGAGUUCUUGCAGCGGAUGGAAUAUUUUUAUACAUCGAACACGUGCAUCAUGAGAGAAGUUGGAAAAGACUGGCUCAGAACAUUAUUAACCCAAUUUGGGGGAUCGUGUUUGAUGGUUGUAAUCUGACAAGGGACACUGCUGCUCUUGUGGUACAAGCUGGAUUCUCUAAUGUCUCUCAAAACAAAUUAUACAAACCGUGGGGAACAUUUAUGGGAAUAUUUGGUCACCCAACAUUGGUGGGCACUGCAAUAAAAUAAACUUUUGAUGUUUCUUGCAAAACUUCUGUAGAUGUAUUGGUGUAAUCUAUAUUUUCCAUAAGCCAUUGAUGAUAUAGUAAUAAAAUUUAGAGUAAUUAUGUCUCACUUUAAUUUAAAAAUAUUCCAGUUUGCUUUGUUAUACUUAAUAUAAGUUUCUCUGAAUGCUAAUGUUUGUACUUUAAUGUCAGUAGUUAUUACCUUUCAAUAAAAAAUAGUUAUUUAGAUUAA